AUGCCUCGCAGUGGCGACCGCGACAUCCUUGAAGUCGAGCAGAUGGUCGCAGAGGAGGCCCAAGCCAAUACAAGGCAACUGGAAUCAAAGAGAACAAAAUUAUUCGUUCUCACAGGUUCUGGGAUACUUCAAUUACCAAUAUGGGGGUUUGCUAUGAGCUACGGUGUAUUUCAGGAAUACUACUUUGACAAUUGGACAUUUGAAGGAGACCCUAGCAUCACUGGUGUCAUUGGCACGACCGCUAACGGUGUCAUGUAUCUGUCCAUGCCCUUCCUAUUCGCAUUAUUCGCCAGACGAUGGGCUCAUCGGCGCCAAAUUGCUGCUCUCUGUGGAACAGCCAUCGCAUGCAUCAGUUUCUUCCUAUCCUCUUACAGCACCACUGUCUGGCACUUGCUUGCGACGCAAGGUGUCACAUCUGCAGUGGGCUGUGCUCUCAUCUACAGUCCAAUCACGCUUUCUCUUGGCGAGUGGUAUGCUACCAGCAACCGUACUUUGGCAUACGGAAUCGUUCUGUCUUGCAAGAAUAUCGUUGGAACUAGCUGCCCAUUCUUACUCCGGGCUUUGAUUGAUACGUACGGCUACCAGACCACCCUAAGAGCCUGGUCCGCGAUUGUUGGUGGAUUGAGUAUCUUCGCUAUCUUCUUGAUACCAACCCAUCCAUCGAAAAUCUCAAUGUGCAGAACUCGGGCACGCACAAUCCCGUGGUAUUUUCUCAGACACCGUUCCAUCUACUUUUACAGCAUUGCCAUUAUUUUCCAAAGCUCUGGCUAUGGCAUUCCGCAAACAUAUUUAAGCACCUACGCCCGUGAAAUCGCUUCAUUGUCGCAAACCUCAAGUACUUUGAUGCUCGUUCUCUUCAAUGCCCCCGGAAUUAUUGCUUCUUCCUUCUUUGGAUGGUUGAGCGACAAUAAGCGGUUUAAGCUCUCAGCCCAGACUGUUUCCGCGAUCCCACCUGUUUGUUGCGCCCUGGCUACUUUUAUCUUCUGGGGCUUAACCACACAAGGCGCCAUUGGCCUACUCCUCGUCUUUUCUAUGACGUUCGGGUUCUUCUCCAGUGGUUAUAGCGCUACGUGGGGAGGGAUGCUCAAACAAAUGGAGCGAGAAUCUGCGGAGAGAAAUGAAGCUGUAGACCCGGGAAUGCUCUAUGGUCUGCUAAAUGGCGUCAGGGGCAUUGGUUACGCGAGUGGCGGCAUUGCUAGCGUGGGACUUUUGAAUGCUGGAACGAUCCUGGACAACCAUCGCUUCGCCCUUGGAACCUCAUACGGGCCACUUAUUCUCUUCACAGGGCUUUCUUCGCUCCUUGGAGGAUGGGUAGUUCUAUGGAAGUGGAAUCCAAAAAGGAUUUUGCCAUUGAUAGUGAGGUGA